UGUGUCAAAUGCAAGGUGGUGGUUCUACGACCAACAGUAAAUACACCAAACCUGGUCCAUGAGGAGAGACCCGGCUCCCCUCUACCCAGCUGUGUAUCUAUGAAGAGUGAAAAUUCUAUAUAUCUGCCUAUAGACUUCAGUGGUGGAGACUUUACCCAUGAACAAAGAACAAUUGGUGACCAAGAGCAGAGGUUAGAGUCAGAGAUUCCGAGUGAUGAACUUCCUCUGGUGUACCGACUCAAAUCUACCCUGAAGAAGAGACAUGAAUGCAUAUUUGAGGGAAUAGCUAAACAAGGCCACUCAACACUUCUCAAUAAGAUCUACACAGAGCUCUACAUCACAGAGGGUGGAAGCGGAGAUGUCAAUAACGAACACGAGGUGAGACAGAUUGAAACAGCUUCCAGGAAAUCAGCAGCACAAGGGACACGAAUCAAAUGUAACGACAUCUUUAAACCCUCACCUGGACAAGACAAACCUAUCAAAACUGUGCUGACAAAGGGAGUGGCUGGCAUUGGAAAAACAGUCUCUGUGCAGAAGUUCAUUCUGGACUGGGCUGAAGGAAAAGCUAAUCAGGAUGUACAGUUCAUAUUUCCACUUCCUUUUCGGGAGCUGAAUUUCAUGAAAAAUAAAAUAAUCUGUUUGAAUGAACUUAUAGAUCACUAUUUCAUUGAGAUUAAAGAAUCUGGAAUCUCCAACUUUGACAGCUACAAAGUUAUGUUUGUUCUUGAUGGUCUGGAUGAGUUUCGACUUCCUCUAGACUUCAAGAACAACGAGAGCUGCUGUGAUGUCACACAGUCAACCUCCGUGGAUGUGCUGCUAACAAACCUCAUCAAGGGGAAUCUGCUCCCCUCUGCUCUUGUCUGGAUAACAUCCCGACCAGCAGCAGCCAAUCAGAUUCCUCCAGAGUGUGUUGACCAGGUGACAGAGGUACAAGGUUUCAACGACCCACAGAAGGAGGAGUACUUCAAGAAUAGAAUCAGUGAUGAGAACCUGGCCAGCAGAAUCAUCACACACAUUAAGUCAUCAAGGAGCCUCUACAUCAUGUGCCACAUACCAGUCUUCAGUUGGAUUACGGCCACUGUUCUAGAGAGACUGUUGUGUCAGGCAGAGAGUGGAGAGAUGCCCAGGAAUCAGACUCAAAUGUACACACACUUUCUGGUAUUUCAGACCAAACAAGGGAUUCAGAAGUAUCUUGAAGACCAUGACCGAGAUCCACACUGGGAUAAAACGAUAAUUCUUUCUCUGGGAAAACUGGCACUCAAACAACUGGAAAAAGGCAAUCUGAUCUUCUAUGAGGAAGACCUAAGGGAGUGUGGCAUUGAUGUCAGAGAAGCAUCAGUGUACUCAGGAGUGUGCACACAGAUCUUCAGAGAGGAAUGUGGGCUGUACCAGAAGAAUGUGUACUGCUUUGUGCAUCUGAGCAUUCAGGAGUUUCUUGCUGCAUUAUAUGUGUUUCUCACAUUCAACCAAAGCAGAGAGAAUCCACUGGUCAAAAAGAGAUCUUCAUUCAGGGACCAUGAAUCAUCAAUCGGACACAAAUCUACGAUCGACUUCUACAACAGUGCAGUAGAUAAAGCUUUACAGAGCGAGAAUGGACACCUGGAUCUGUUCCUCCGCUUUCUUCUGGGCCUUUCACUGGAGUCCAAUCAGACUCUCCUACGAGGCCUACUGUCACAAACAGGGAGCAGCUCACUGACAAAUGUGGAAACGGUCAAAUACAUCAACGAGAAGAUAAGGGAGAAUCCCUCACCAGAGAAAUGCAUCAAUCUGUUCCACUGUCUGAAUGAGCUGAAUGACCACUAUCUAGUGUGGGAGAUCCAAAGCUACUUAAACUCAGGAAGUCUCUCAGAAGCCAAAUUGUCACCUACAGAGUGGUCAGCUCUGGUCUUUGUGUUGCUGACUUCAGAAGAGGAGCUGGAUGUUCUUGACCUAAAUAGGUUCUCCAGAUCAGAGGAAGGUCUUCUGAGGCUGCUGCCAGUGGUCAAAGCCUCCAGAACAGCUCUGUUGAAUAGAUGUAAACUCACAGAGAGAUGUUGUAAAGAGUUGGCAUCAGCUCUCAGCUCAAACUCUUCACAACUGAAAGAACUGGACCUGAGUGACAAUGACCUGCAAGAUUCGGGAGUGGAGCUGCUGUCUGCUGGACUGGGGAAUCCACAGUGUAAACUGGAAACACUGAGGUUGAAUAGCUGUAAACUCACAGAGAGAUGUUGUGAACAGUUGGCCUCAGUUCUCAUCUCAAACUCAAACCUGAGAGAGCUGGAUCUGAGUGACAAUGACCUGCAGGAUUCAGGAGUGGAGCUGCUGUCUGCUGGACUGGGGAGUCUGCAAUGUAAACUGGAGACACUGAGGCUACGUGGAUGUAACCUCACAGAGCAUUGUUGUGAAGCACUGGCCUCAGUUCUUAGCUCAAAUUCCUCAUGCCUGAGAAAGCUGGACUUGGGUGUGAAUGACCUGCAGGAUUCAGGAGUGAAGCUGCUCUCUGCCGGACUGGGCAGUCCAACCUGUAAACUACAGACACUGAGGUUGAAUAGAUGUAAACUCACAGAAAGAUGUUGCGAAGAGUUGGCCUCCGUUCUCAUCUCAAACGCACACCUGAGAGAGCUGGAUCUAAGUGACAAUGACCUGCAGGAUUCAGGAGUGGAGCUGCUGUCUGCUGGACUGGGGAGUCUGCAAUGUAAACUGGAGACACUGAGGCUGAACCGAUGUAACAUCACAAAGAACAACUCAACUCUCAGCUCAAACUCAUCACACCUGAAAGAACUGGACCUGAGUUACAGUCAGCCAGGAGACCCAGGAGAUCUAGGAGAUCUAGAAGACCCAGGAGACCCAGGAGUAGAGCUGCUCACUGCUGCCCUGGAGGAUCCUCAAUAUCAUCUCAAAACAGUCAGUGGCCACGGUGAAGAGUUUUUGCUGUUUCAGAGAUCCUCAGUAGUUGCAUGUGAGCUAACACUGGACCCGAACACAGCAAACCGACAUCUCUCUCUGUCUGAGGACAACAGAAAGGUGACGUGGGAGAUAGAAGAACAACUGUAUCCUGAUCACCCAGACAGAUUUAUGGACUGGACACAGGUGCUUUGUAGAGAAGGUCUGACUGGGCGCUGCUACUGGGAGGCAGAGUGGAGCGGGGAUUUGGUUGAUAUAGCAGUAACGUAUAAAGGAAUCAGCAGGAAAGGAGUGGGGAAAGACUGUGGGUUUGGAUUUAAUGACAAGUCCUGGAGAAUGUUGUGCUCUGAUCAGAAGUACAAAGCCUUGUACAAUAAUAGGUGUACUUUCAUACCUGUCCCCUGCUCCAACAGAGUAGGAGUGUAUCUGGACUGGCCGGCUGGCACUCUGUCCUUCUACAGCAUCUCCUCAGACACAGCAACUCUACUGCACACGUUCCAAGCCAAAUUCACUAAACCUCUUUACCCAGGGUUUAGGCUUUGGGUUGGCUCUUCAGUGACCCUGUGCCAUGUAGACACCAAAGCCUUCAAAGAAACACAGUCAUAAGUUUGUCAUGAUAAUUGUGACGGCCACACAUUUGAUGUGUUCAGUGAAACAUAAUACCAAUUAGUGGGAAAAAAGAUCAGAAUUUGUCUGCCUAACUAAACGCAGCCAUUGAGCUGCACGUUAAAAAUCAGUUUACUCAUGCAGUUUAAAAUUCACUUUGCAUAACACACCAAGCUUUAAAAGAUGCAGUGUUUUCAAAUAUCCCCAAAAAUAUUUAUUAAAAGAGAACUUGCCCAAGCUUCCCCCAUUUCUCCUUCACCCAAAUCCAGAUAGCUGAUGUUCUGAAAGAGUUGCAAAAUCUGGACCCCUACAAAUCAGCUGGGCUAGA